GUGCGGCUCCACCCUCGCGCAGCCACGCGCAGUUUAAAUGGUAAGCCUCCGAAUUAGACGGGGGUCAUUUGGACUGUUCCUUUGUGGAGUACCUCGUCAACGCCGGCCGCUCCAGACCCUAACUCUCCAAACCCAAAAAACUCCCCGCAACAGAAUUUCUUCAUACUAUUUGGCCCUCCACCUCAACCCAAGAUGUCUAAGAAGGCCCCAAGCGAUGACGAGAAGUUCCUCUUCGUUGACAAAGACUUCCUGAACAGCCCAAUGGCUCAGGCCGACUGGGCAGCCAAGAAGCUGGUGUGGAUCCCGUCGGAGAAGCAUGGCUUCGAGGCGGCCAGUAUCAAGGAGGAGCACGGUGACGAGGUGCUGGUGGAGCUUGCCGACAACGGCAAGAAGGUGACGGUCAACAAGGAUGACAUCCAGAAGAUGAACCCGCCCAAGUUCAGCAAGGUGGAGGACAUGGCCGAGCUCACCUGCCUGAACGAAGCCUCCGUGUUGCACAAUAUCCGGGAGAGGUACUUCUCCGGCCUUAUUUACACAUACUCUGGCCUGUUCUGCGUGGUGGUGAACCCCUAUAAAAUGCUGCCCAUUUACUCAGAGAAGAUCAUUGACAUGUACAAAGGGAAGAAACGACAUGAAGUGCCCCCUCAUAUCUACUCCAUUGCUGAUAAUGCCUACAGGAACAUGAUGCAAGAUCGUGAGGACCAGUCCAUUCUCUGCACCGGAGAGUCUGGAGCUGGGAAGACGGAGAACACCAAGAAGGUCAUCCAGUAUCUGGCUGUCGUGGCGUCCUCACACAAAGGCAAGAAGGACAGCAGUGUUGGGGAGCUGGAGAAGCAGCUCCUGCAGGCUAAUCCCAUCCUGGAGGCCUUUGGAAAUGCCAAGACCAUCAAAAACGACAACUCCUCCCGAUUUGGUAAAUUCAUCCGCAUCAACUUUGAUGUGACCGGCUACAUCGUUGGAGCCAACAUUGAGACUUAUCUGCUGGAGAAGUCUCGCUGUAUCAGACAGGCAAAGACAGAAAGAGCUUUUCACAUCUUCUACUACAUGAUCGCCGGGGCCAAGGACAAACUGCGAGAGGAGCUUCUCCUGGAGCCCUUCAGUAAUUACCGCUUCCUGAGUGCGGGUCAUGUUCAGAUCCCUGGCCAGCAGGACGACGAGAUGUAUGAAGAGACCAUGGAGGCCAUGAAGAUCAUGGGCUUCACCGACGAGGAGAGAGUCGAUAUCCUGAAGGUUUGCUCCACCGUCAUGCAGCUGGGAAACAUUGAGUUCAAGAAAGAGAGGAACCAGGAGCAGGCCACCAUGCCAGACAACACCGCGGCGCAGAAGGUGUGUCACCUGCAGGGCAUCAAUGUGACAGACUUCACCCGCGCCAUCCUCACCCCUCGAAUCAAAGUGGGCAGAGAGGUGGUGCAGAAGGCACAGACCAAAGAGCAGGCCGACUUUGCUGUUGAAGCCCUGGCUAAAGCUGUGUUUGAGCGCCUCUUCCGCUGGAUCCUGAACCGAGUCAACAAGGCCCUGGACAAGACCAAACGCCAGGGAGCCUCCUUCCUGGGAAUCCUCGACAUUGCUGGCUUUGAGAUCUUUGAGGACAACUCCUUCGAGCAGCUGUGCAUCAACUACACCAACGAGAAGCUGCAGCAGCUCUUCAACCACACCAUGUUCAUCCUGGAGCAGGAGGAGUACCAGAGGGAGGGCAUCGAGUGGAACUUCAUCGACUUCGGACUCGACCUGCAGCCUUGCAUUGAGCUCAUCGAGAGGCCGAACAACCCUCCGGGCAUCCUGGCCCUGCUGGAUGAGGAGUGCUGGUUCCCCAAAGCCACAGAUGUCUCCUUCGUAGAGAAACUCUUGAGCACACAAGGGAACCAUGUGAAAUUCGCCAAAACUAAACAGCUCAAAGACAAGACAGAGUUUUCUAUCCUUCAUUAUGCAGGAAAGGUGGACUAUAACGCCACUGCCUGGCUCACAAAGAACAUGGACCCUCUAAAUGAUAACGUCACAGCGCUGCUCAACAACUCCUCCAGCCAGUUUGUGCAAGAUCUCUGGAAAGAUGCGGACAGAGUGGUGGGUCUCGACACGAUAGCCAAGAUGACGGACAGCUCCAUGCCGAGCGCCUCAAAGACCAAGAAGGGCAUGUUCCGCACGGUGGGACAACUCUACAAAGAGUCUCUGGCCAAACUUAUGACCACGCUGCACAACACCCAGCCCAACUUCGUCAGAUGUAUCAUCCCCAACCACGAGAAGAGGGCCGGGAAGCUGGAUGCGGCCCUGGUCCUGGAGCAGCUGAGGUGUAACGGUGUGCUGGAGGGGAUCAGGAUCUGCCGACAAGGAUUUCCCAACAGAAUCGUCUUCCAGGAGUUCCGCCAGCGUUAUGAGAUCCUGGCUGCUAACGCUAUCCCCAAAGGCUUCAUGGAUGGCAAACAAGCCUGCUGCCUCAUGAUCAAGCACCUGGACUUGGAUCCCAACCUGUACAGGAUCGGACAGAGUAAGAUCUUCUUCCGUACGGGAGUGCUGGCCCAGCUGGAGGAGGAGAGAGACCUGAAGAUCACUGUGGUCAUCAUCGCUUUCCAGGCCCGGGCUAGAGGCUUCCUGGCCAGAAAGGCAUUUGCCAAGUUGCAGCAGCAGCUCACAGCCAUGAAAGUGAUCCAGAGGAACUGUGCUGCCUACCUCAAACUAAGGAACUGGCAGUGGUGGAGACUCUUCACAAAGGUCAAGCCCCUGCUGCAAGUGACCCGACAGGAGGAGGAGAUGAGUCUGAAGGAGGAAGAGCUGAACAGAGCCAAAGAAGUUGCUACAAAGUUUGAAUCUGAGCUGAAGGAGAUCUCAUUGAAACACACAUCGGUUUUGGAGGAGAGGAAUGCGUUGCAGGAGCAGCUUCAGGCUGAGACAGAGCUAUACGCUGAGGCUGAGGAGAUGAGAGUUCGUCUGGCGGCUAAGAAACAGGAGCUGGAGGAGAUCCUCCAUGAGAUGGAGGCAAGACUGGAUGAAGAGGAGGAAAGAGCUCAAGCGCUGCUAGUGGAUAAGAAGAAGAUGCAGCAGCAGAUGCAGGAAUUGGAGGAACAUUUGGAGGAGGAAGAAGACGCUCGUCAAAAGUUGCAGCUGGAGAAGGUAACCUGUGAGGGGAAGGUCAAAAAGCUGGAGGAUGACAUCCUGGUGAUGGAGGACCAGAACAACAAGCUGCUGAAGGAGAGGAAGCUGAUGGAGGAGAGAAUCGCAGACUUCAGUUCCAAUCUGGCAGAGGAAGAGGAGAAAUCAAAGAACCUCACCAAGCUCAAAAACAAGCAUGAGUCCAUGAUCUCGGAGCUAGAGGUGCGUUUGAAAAAGGAAGAGAAGAGUCGACAAGAGCUCGAUAAGGCUAAGCGUAAGUUGGAAGCCGAGUCAAACGACAUGCAGGAGCAGAUAGCCGACCUGCAGGCGCAGAUUGCUGACCUCAAAGCCCAGCUUGCAAAGAAGGAGGAGGAGCUACAGAACGCCUUGGCCAGGUUAGAAGACGAGACAGCUCAGAAGAACAACGCGCUGAAGAAGAUCAGAGAGCUGGAGGGACACAUCUCCGACCUGCAGGAGGACCUCGACUCGGAGCGAGCGGCCAGGAACAAAGCAGAGAAGAUCAAACGAGACCUCGGGGAGGAGCUGGAGGCCCUCAAGUCUGAGCUGGAGGACACGCUGGACACCACAGCCACACAGCAGGAACUAAGGGCCAAACGUGAGCAGGAGGUGACCCUGCUAAAAAGAGCCAUGGACGACGAGAACCGCACGCACGAGGCCCAGGUUCAGGAGAUGAGACAGAAGCACACCCAGGCUGUGGAGGAGCUCACAGAGCAGCUGGAGCAGUCCAAACGAGUAAAGUCUAACCUGGAGAAGGCUAAACAAGCUCUGGAGAAGGAGACAUCAGAGCUGACCAUGGAGGUGCGCUCACUCACCCAGGCAAAACAGGACGGAGAGCACAAGAGGAAGAAGUUGGAAGGUCAGGUGACAGACCUGCAGUCACGCUUCAAUGACAGCGAGAAGCAGAAGGCCGAGCUGGGAGAGCGCUGCUCCAAGAUCACGGUGGAAUUGGAGAGUGUUACAAACCUACUGAAUGAAGCAGAAGGCAAGAACAUCAAACUGAGCAAAGAUGUCAGCAGCCUCACCUCUCAGCUCCAAGACUCACAGGAGCUGCUGGCUGAGGAGACACGUCAGAAACUGCAGUUGUCCACAAAGCUGCGGCAAGCAGAGGACGACAAGAACAGCCUGCAGGAGCAGCUCGAAGAGGAGAUGGAGGCCAAGAGGAACGUGGAGCGACACGUCUCCACACUCAACAUUCAGUUAUCAGAUGCGAAGAAGAAGCUCGACGAGAUGACGGGAAACAUCGAGCUGCUGGAAGAAGGUAAGAAACGUCUGCAGAGAGAUUUGGAGGCAGCGAACACCCAGUUUGAGGAGAAGGCCUCUGCGUAUGAUAAGUUGGAGAAGACCAAAAACCGUCUGCAGCAGGAGCUGGAGGACACGCUGAUGGACCUGGACAACCAGAGACAAAAUGUGUCCAACCUGGAGAAGAAGCAGAAGAAGUUCGACCAGAUGCUGGCUGAGGAGAAGAGCAUCUCCAGUAAAUACGCAGACGAGAGAGACCGAGCUGAGGCCGAGGCCAGAGAGAAGGAGACCAAGGCUCUGUCCCUGGCGAGAGCUCUGGAGGAGGCGCAGGACUCCAGAGAGGAGCUGGAGAGAGCCAACAAGGCCCUGAGGAUGGAGAUGGAAGAUCUGAUCAGCUCCAAGGACGACGUGGGAAAAAAUGUCCACGAGCUGGAGAAGUCCAAGCGAGGCCUGGAGGCUCAGGUGGAAGAGAUGAAGACCCAGCUGGAGGAGCUAGAGGACGAGCUGCAGGCGGCUGAGGACGCCAAGCUGCGCCUGGAGGUCAACAUGCAGGCGCUGAAGGCCCAGUUUGAGAGGGACCUCCAGGGACGAGACGAGAUGGGAGAAGAGAAGAAGAGACAGCUUGUCAAGCAGGUCCGUGAGCUGGAGACAGAGUUGGAGGACGAACGUAAGCAGAGAGCCAUGGCGACAGCAGCCAAGAAGAAGUUAGAGACGGACAUGAAAGAUCUGGAGGGACAGAUCGAGACGGCCAGUAAGGGACGGGAUGAGGCCAUCAAACAGCUUCGCAAGCUCCAGGCACAGAUGAAGGACUUCCAGCGGGAGUUGGAAGACGCCCACGCUGCCAGAGAGGAGGUGCUGACUACUGCAAAGGAGAGUGAGAAGAAGGCCAAGAGCCUGGAGGCCGAGCUCAUGCAGCUACAGGAGGAUCUGGCUGCAGCUGAGAGGGCACGGAAGCAGGCGGAGGCUGAAAGAGACGAGCUGUCUGAUGAGCUGGCCAGUAACUCCUCUGGAAAGUCUGCCUUGGCAGAUGAGAAACGUCGUCUGGAAGCUAAGAUCGGCCAGCUGGAGGAGGAGCUGGAAGAGGAGCAGAGCAACAUGGAGAUCCUCAACGACAGGCUGAGGAAGAGCACGCAGCAGGUGGACCAGCUCAACAACGAGCUGCAGACGGAGCGCACCACCUCCCAGAAGAACGAGAGCGCUCGGCAGCAGAUGGAGCGCCAGAACAAGGAGCUGAAGGCCAAGCUGCAGGAGAUGGAGAACCAGGUCAAGUCCAAGUUCAAGUCCUCCAUUUCAGCCUUGGAGGCUAAAGUGGCACAGCUGGAGGAGCAGCUGGAGCAGGAGAACAGGGAGAAGCAGGCAUCUGCAAAGAGCAUACGCCAGAAGGACAAGAAGCUGAAGGACCUGUUGUUGCAGGUCGAAGACGAAAGGAAACAGGGAGAACAGUACAAAGACCAGGCAGAAAAAUCGAACACCCGCAUGAAGCAGCUGAAGAGGCAGCUAGAGGAGUUGGAGGAGGAGUCUCAGCGCGCUACAGCCGCCCGCAGGAAGCUGCAGCGGGAGCUGGACGAAGCCACCGAGGCCAACGACGCCAUGAGCCGCGAGGUCAACUCUCUGAAGAGCAAACUCAGGCGCGGAAACGAGCCUUCCUUCAGCGCACCCCGACGUAUGGGCGGAGGCCGAAGGGUGGUGGAGGACGCCUCGGAGGAGGAGGCCGACUCCCAAGGCGACUUCAACGGAACCAAGCCUGCGGAGUAAAGGACGUCCAAUAACGAGAUUUAACUUAAUAACUUCAAAGCCUUAUAUGCUAUCUAGUUCUUCCAUAUCACCCCGAAAUAUGUAUUUUCUCAAACUUCCAAUAGUGUACCGAUCUGUCUUCUUGUUUCAGAGCACUUUUUCUUGACACGCAAUAAUCAGGAGGACUUGAUAUCAACAAGAGGAGUUGUUUUGGUGACUCUGAUGAUGUGUGAUUUGCUGUUUCUUUUUUAUUUUUUUUUUUAAAUUUACACUGUUUUGUACUGCACUGAAGACUGAUUCCUUCUUAUGCAAGGUUUCACACACAAUCAUAGGUGCCUCUAAUUACCACGCUAACCUGCCAGCAAAGCCUCGGUGCUCCACGAUAAGUCACCUUAAAGCAGAGACAUCGUGUAAAUCUGUGGAUCUGUAAGUGUCGUCCUGUUGCCUGUGACUGCUGUUAGUGUUUCAGAGCAGCACUGAAGUGGAUCAACAGAUUGGAUAUUUUCUAUGCUAGUCUGAAUCUAGUCAGUGCUGCCGUUUGUACCCCAACAAACAAAUAUUUAGCUGUUGGACAUUUUCUAAAGUCACCGUUUUAUAGCAUUUGCACCUUUCUUGUGCCCAGUUAUGUUUAGAUUGCUUUUACUUAAUAAAGUCAUAAGGUUUAGGGUAAACUAUAAAGUCACGAGCCAGAGAUUUCAGCAUUGGGCAUCAUAAUUUUCUAUUUUUUUGUAUUCUUCCUGAUUUACUGUACAUGUUCAAAAACAUCACCCUAAACCAAUGCAUUCUCAUUUCAUCAUGUUAUAUGUAACCAAUCGAUGUUUACAUGACACCAAUCGUAUCUUAUUACUGUUGAACCACCUGCACAAGAAAUAAAGAUCUUUAAAAAAAAAGAAGAUUUUUUUUUCUCCUUUUAAUGUUUCCGUCUUGGUCAGUAACGUCAUCAGGAGGACAUUAUUCUCAUUUGUUCAGUUCAAUAGAAAAACAGCUGCAAACCAACAGGAUCAGAGUUGGGUACAUUACCUCAGGCACAUUACAGUUUAAAGUCCAAAUACAGAAGCAGUUGCAGAGAUGCUGUAUACAAACAGCCGGUACACAGUGGUUGUGGAUUACAAUUGCAGUUAGCUCAAGGGAGUUUAAACAGCAAAGAGGAGCAGGAAAUCCAGUUCUCAUUUGUUUUAACCACAAAUUAACUCUACACACUGCCGUAUACAGUGAUGGCCAUGAUAUUUAGAUAUGAACUGUAAUAUUUGCUAAAAGGGACAGUUUGGAUUUUUUAUCUAAGAAUCUCAUACAACCCCACCUCAAAAAAAAUCCAAACUGUCGCUUUAACGAGCUGCUGGAGGGCAGUCAUGAGAGAUAAACCAGAAACAUUUAAGGGAAAAUGCACAAAUGUCACAUUAAAUCUGUUAACCACCCUAUUUCCCCAUUCACAAUAUCUCUCACUAAAAGGCAGGAAAAAACAAUAUAGCUCUAUAUAUAGCUACACAAAUAUACUAUGAACUGUGCUUAUCUUUGACCUGUUAAAAUCUAUUAUUGCUUUGUAUCUUUCCUCCUUCGCCCACCAUAUAUAACUCUCGGUGGCAGACAGGAGGUCUCACACCUUUCAGGGAAUUAUUACUGUACAUUCAGUAGUUAACAUGUGCCGCUCUAACCCAAACAGUCAACUUGAAUCAGUAUAAAAGUUACUGAUGACAAUAGAUCGUAAAUCUGGGGAAUCGCAAAGGCAGAAAUCCUAAUCCUAUACUUCACAUUCAUAAGCCUCGCACGCUAGAAAAUAAUGAGUCCGCAUAAAGAAUUUUGUGCAAUGGCAGGAACGAGGUGAAAGAAAGAGCCUAGGUCAAACUGAAAACCACGUGAGACUAAACCAGCCUGAGGGGAAGUGACAUUAUCUCAUUCCUUCGUCGCCUGGCAGCAUGAGGAAUAGAUGACCCACUUCAUUUAUAUGAGCGAUCACAGCAAAGCAAGGCCUACAAACUGAGGAGGUAAUAACACUGAUGAAGGCAGCGACGGCUAAAAUGCUAACACCAGUUUUCUGGCAGCGACUCAUUCAUUCUUAAACUGAAGUGACGUAUAGAGUCUCCUCUAGUACAUAAACAUUGGGAGCUCAGCUUGAAAAAAAUAUUUUAACAUAUAUCUUUUCACCCGACAACAUCAAGCUCCGCUACAACCAACACGUUCACUCCUAACUCGUCAAAUACGGCAGCUUGGUCAGUGGCCCUUUGCUUCAGACUGUGACGCUCUGGGUUUCCCUCCAGCACCAGUUUUUAACUUAUUGAACUCAAUUUCUACUUAUUACAUGUGACAAUGUCUUUCAAAAUAAUUUCCAUCUGACAGGAAAUCUGGUUUUGCCACCACAGUACUUUAGAUUUAAGCCAGUGGUUCUCAACCAGAGGUUCUGGAAACUCCAGGGCUCCUUGAAGGAUUUCCAGGAGGUUAUUUUCACUAUUUAAUUAACAAAAUACAUAGGAGUCAUAAGAGUGAAUAUUCUGGUUGUAUGUUUCCCGUCCACCAUGGUUAUGUAACCAACUGUGGUUGACAACCAGAACUCUGGUAUUAAUCAUAUUAAAACCACAAUCUUGAAGCAACAUCUCAUCAAAUGAGGGUCCCUGUGUCAAUUUAGGGGUUCCUGACAUUAAAAAAAGUAGAAAAUCACUGGUUUAUGUGCCAAACUACUUAGAUUUUAUGCCGUGUUCACACCGGGCGCAUGAACAUUUCACAAGGCGAGUUUACAUAAAAAAUCAAUGCAAAGACCCAAACAGACGCAAAUUCACACCAGGUAGCACUAUGGACAUGACGCAAAGAAAACGUAAACACGAAUUUUGUGUCUUCAUGCAAGUUGAAUUUUUCAACUUGAGCGAGAACUUGGUGUGAGGCAGCGUUGCAAUAGCCUAUCAGCUGAGACUCUCCUGACUCUACCGAGACCCAGAAGUGACGGAUAAAAAAUGUUGCUGUCUGUCAACACAGGGAGCUACACGGUACUGUACAGAGACAGAACAAAUGAGGACCUGAAGGACUCAGAGGUCAGCGAGCGAAGCUGUAAAAUUACACGGUAAGGUCUGAAAAUACACCAUUAUCUUGUGUUCGAAAUAUCUGUGGAGUUUCUUUUAGCAAAAUGCUCUGAGUAAUAAUUUUGGUCUUUUAUUGUAACACCGGAGGGCGUGUAAUAUGCUGCUGUGACAGUCUGAUAAAUAAUAAAGAGCGUUAGCGUCUUGGUUAACUCUGCUUCCGGGCACAGAGCUCCGUGUUUACUUCGAACUUUCUGUUGUAUUUCACUGCAAACAAAGUUAUCCGUUUGCUAAUCAUUACAGCCAUUAGCUAAACAUUAUAGCCGUUAGAUUACCACUACAGCUGUUAGCACAAGCACAACCACAGCUGCUGACAGCGAAUUUUUGCGAGUUGAAAAUUGCUCCAAAAAUACUCCAACAACUGUCAACAUGCAAGUAACGCGAGGUGAAAUUUUUUAUCGCGUCCGGUGUGAACACAACAUUACAAAAAUUAUCAUGGUUUGGAUUUACAAAUCUCAGUAUGUCAUUGGACAAAAGCCAGUAACUUUGUUACAAGGUAGAAACAACUCAAGUCCAUUUUUGGUUUUACAUGGGGGAAAAAAACCUGAUUUUCUGGGCGAUUUUCUAUUACGCUUCAUUCACAUGGAAUCAGGGAGAUGGUAGACGGCCAACUAGAUAUCAUUUUAGUGGACAGUCAGGACGGUAAAAUAAGGUAAUGCCGGCAGAGAGUACUGGCAACAAUAAUGGUAAACUGCAU